AUGAAAACCCCAGGGUUAAGGAAAGGCCAUGAACCACAUGCCCGUAUUCAAAAGCAAAUCCAUGCGGAAGUACUCUCACUCCACACCAGCCUGUCUCCAUACGCACUGAAUCCGGUGGUCAUGAGUGGUUGUCGAUCUUCUCCCAAUGUGUCAAUCCUACACCACCAUGCAGAACAGAGAGAAUGUGGUACUCUCCCAAGAUCCCAAUCAAAGGAAUCUAGUCCUUUGCAAAGUGUGUCGUCAAUGGAUCUCUCAAUCUGCAAAUUCCUCGACGAACAUAUUCUGUUCAAGGAUCUACAUGACGAGGAUUUCUUGAUGACGUUGGCCAAUUCGAUGCAGACUCGUGUAUAUUAUGACAAUUCAUAUGUAAUUCGGCAAGGCGAGGUUGGGCGAGCUUUGUUUUUUGUAUUCAGAGGGGAUAUUGAGGUUGUAUCUGAGGAUGGUGAAACUGUCAUCAAUGUAAUGACAGAAAAAUCGUUUUUUGGCGAGAUUGGAGUCCUAUUUUCCGUUCCACGAACCGCAUCAUGCAGAGCAAGGGGGCGAUGCGUAGUGCUUACUCUCACCAGGGAAUCCCUGAAGAUGGCGAUUCAACGGCAUCCUGAGGUGGCCACCUCAAUCCGAUAUAUUGCGGAAGAGCGAUUUGCUUCGUACAUGAAACAGCGGGAAUCUUCCAUGCUAGUGGAGUUUGGUGAAGAGCUCAAGUUAGGAAUGACCCAGAAUGAUUUGAAGAAAAUCCCUGCCUUCCGGAAUUGUGAGGUGGGAUUUCUUCACAUGCUAGCUCUAAGCUUGUGCCCACUUCAAUAUCGGCACGGAGAUCGCAUUAUUCGAAAGGAUGACAUUGCUCGUGAGAUGUACUUUGUCGUUCGAGGCACGGCGGAAGUGUUUAGCGAAGAGGAUGGCCAAACUUUUGCUGAAUUUCAUCCCGGCUCUUUCUUCGGCGAGGUUGGCAUAUUCUUUGAUGUGAGAAGAACUGCGUCCGUUCGAUGUACAUCGAAUCAAAUGGCGGUUUUCAAACUGGCCAAGAACGAUCUGGACACGUUAUUGAAGCAGUAUCCGGAAGUUAACCAGAAAAUUCAAGAAGAAGCGACGCUGAGAUUCAAGUUCAAUGAAGAGAGGGAGAAAAGCAAGCUAAAUAAGCGGCAAGCGAUGCAGUUGGAGCUGGAAGUUGUCAGAGAGCGGUUGAAAAACGUCCCGCUCUUCAAGGAUGGAUCUCUCGCCUUCUUUCACGAAUUAGUGCUGGUCCUGAAGCUUCAUGUAUAUCCACCGGGAAGUGUAAUCAUUCGUAAGGAUGAGGUCGCCCGGAGCAUGUUUUUUGUGAUGGAUGGAACUGUACAGGUUGUAUCUGAGGAUGGUAAAAGCAUAUAUGCUGAAAUGGGUGCAAACGCAUUCUUUGGCGAAGUGGCCCUUUUUUACGAAAUCAACCGGACGGCCACGGUCCGUUCAAAGUCACAGACGACUCUGUACGAACUGUCGAAGGAUGCCCUCACCCACGUACUUGGGCAACAUCCUACGCUGAGAGAUGCUAUGCAAGCACGAGCAGAAGAGAACUACCGACUGUUUCAGAAGAGGACAAGAGCAGUUAAUCAACUAUCGGAAUCAUCACUGCCUGAGGCGUACGAUAUUGACGCAACGGCAGCACGGUUGAAAAAGGUUCCGAUUUUUCAAAACUGCGAGAACGGAUUUUUGCGCACAGUGGCACUUACGACAUCUGUCUGCGCACGGAAAGCUGGGGAACUGAUCGUUCAUAAGGGCGAAAUGUCGGCCGAGAUGUUCUUUAUCGUGCAUGGGAAGGUGCAAAUUAUCUCGGAAGACGGAUCAACAGUCUAUGAUUCUGUCAAGGAGGGUGGUUUCUUUGGCGAAAUAGGAUUGCUUCGAGGCAUUCCUCGAACCGCUUCCGUGCGUGUUGCAUCCAAGUCGUGUGGUAUGAUGAUUUUGACAGCCGAGGCCCUGCAAAAGGUGUUCCAACAAUAUCCGGAGAGUUAUCAGAACAUUGUCUUGGAAGCCGACAAACGGUUUCGCCUGAUAGAACAGCGGAAACUAUCCACAGAAGGCGCUCUACAUGCCGAUGUAGACACAGAUACCAUUCAGAAGAAGGCGAGAGAAAUAUGGGAUACCGCUGUCGAUUCAGUCAAGGCUGACAUAAAAGAAAAGGCUAAAACGAAAGCGAGAGCAAGCGACAGGGACGAGUCUCAACCGCAGCAGCUAAGAGGAGUCCGGAGAUUUCUCAGACGUGGAUCGAAGGUUGCGAAUGAGAGCCUGCCAGUAACAAACGAAAACGAAUCGUGUCCUCCAGGACAAGCAGACCAAUCCCUUUUGAUUGAAGAACAAGGAAACGUACCUUCAGGGCAUGAAAAGACAAAUGAUGUCCCCAAGACGGGCCGUCGCUGGAUUACCAAGCUUUUUCAAGGGUUAAAGUCGAGCUCAUCCAAACGCAGGGAACGUGGAGCAAAAGUCGCUCCUGAAGGGCCGUCAAGUCGAAGGGGAAGCGACGCCAGCUAUAUUAGCGGAGCCUCAACUAUAGUUCAAUGCUCUCUCAGUACCACGGAAGUGCAAAGUAUCGCUGAUUUGGAGGAACGGGCAUUGCGCAUAAUCUUUUCAUGCCUGAACCCAUUAGAGCGACUCAAAAUGCGUCUAAUGUGCAAGCGGUGGAAUGAGCUUCUACGUCGUCCAAUCCAAUGGACUACCUUGGACUUUUCCCCAGUUUUUUCAACAAUCACCCAUAAAACUCUUACCAGCUUUUGGGAGCUCACAGGGGAUCAUCUCACUGGGCUUUGUCUCGAGACGUGCUGGAGGGUUACAGAUCGGGAUCUGGAAACUCUGGCGGCACUGUGUCCGAACAUCUACUACCUUUCAUUGUCUAAUUCUUGGAGAUUCACUGACAAAGGCCUGGGCUAUCUUACCCGGAACCUUACUCGAGUUGUUGAGGCCGAUCUCAGUUACUGUGGACAACUAAAGGGCUCGGGGUUUGCACGUCACAAAUGGUCCAAGUUGAAAAGAUUGGACUUGAGCUACUGCAGGUCUUUUGGGGACGAGCAGCUGGAAAAGAUACUGUCGGGGACCAGUGAAAUUACUCACCUGCAACUACGGAGAUGCACAAAGAUGACUGAUUUGACUAUGUUUCAUGUAGUCCGAUACUGCAGGCAUAUCCGCUAUCUUGACCUCUCUGAUUGCGAAAAACUUACUGAUCGUUGUUUGAAGUGGAUUGGGUCUACCAGCUUCGAUCUCACUACCUUGAUUCUCAGCUUCUGCAAACGUCUUACGAAUCACGGUCUCCGGGAGCUGCGCAUGGGAAGCCAGCGCCUUGAGCACCUCGAUUUUUCACAUUGUGAACAUCUUACGGAUGAUGCAAUCAAGUCCCUCACCGAAAAUAUCUCGAACUUGCAGUAUAUCUCCCUGCGAUUCUGUAGAGGAAUCACCAAUAGGGUAGCAUCAUAUCUUGGCGAGUCAGCACCACGACUGAAAUCAGUCGACUUCACUGGGUGCCCUGAGGUGACCAUCGUCGCCAGAGACAUGUUAAAAUCAUGGAUACCGGGAGUCCAUGUUGUGCUCGAUUCUCCAAGGCCAUUACCAGAGAUAGAUCGGCGUGCGACCGAGGUUCAGAUAUAUGAAGUAUUUCUGAGCGGUCCUCGGGAUCAAAUGCGAAAAAGGGAAAGUAGACGAAUACGUCGAGCCGCUACACCUAGGCCCUUGAGUAUUGUGCGAUAACGAAGAGGUACUGCGCUCCCUUAUGAUGAGCUUGUUAUACCAUAUCAUGUACAUGAACUCUACAUCUGCUGCAUUGUCAAUAAUAUAUGAAGCAAUAUCAGCUUUCAUACAUAAACCAA